CCUCCCCGCACUGCUCUAAAAAGUUCACUACUAUAUAUUCUAUCUCCCCCCCUUUUUCUUCUCUCAUUUCUCUUUCUCCUUAACCUUAACAACCCCCUACCCCUGCUCUCCUCCUCUCUAACCAACAACUGAUUCAACAACUUCCAUGAAAAGAGCUUAGCAAAAAAAGAAAAAAAAGGGAAAAAAAUUCAAGAUUUUAUUGUUGUUGAAAGAAAUGGGGAAGUACAUAAGGAAGAACAAGAAAGGAGGAGAAGUAUCACCACUUGGUGUGCUUACAAGGGCAAAAGCUUUAGCUCUUAAACGUGCACCGUCUGCGGCGGCGGCGGCGGUGAAGGAGGAGGAUUCAGGUGGGUCCUACCUAGAGCUGAGGAGUGGUAGGUUGGUUAAACCCUUUAUGGUUCUUGAAGGAAGAAAGCAGAGAAAUGGGGUUUCCAAGAAUGCUAACCCUAAGGACUGUUUGGCUAAGGAAAUGGAAAAGAUGAAGGGAGAUGGGAAUGGGAAUAGCUGCUGUGGAGAGAAUUUGUUGGAAUUUGAAGGUAGAAAAAGGACCACCAGGGAGAGCACACCUUGCAGUUUGAUCAGGGAGUUGGACAACAUUCAGACCCCUGGUUCCAGUACGAGGCGUAUUGAUGCAAAUGAGGGGAACUCAAGGCAAGCAAUUAUCCCAACAGCUCGUGAAAUGGAUGAAUUUUUCUCCAGUGGAGAAGAGCAGGAAGUGAAAAAUUUCAUUGAGAAGUACAACUUUGAUCCAGUGAAUGAGAAGCCCCUUCCCGGACGUUACGAAUGGGUGAAAGUAGACUGUUAGACAUGGAAGGACAUAGAAGGGGGGUACAACCUUCCAUAGUCUGCAUCUUUGUGUUUCAUCGUUAGGCAUUAGAUAAGAGAUAGUUUACAAUGGUGUAGUGGGUGGUGAAAUCUCUAUUUCCCCUCACUCUCUGACUUGUAAAGAAACUAGAAGGUAGAAGUAAAGUGUCUAGAAGGUAGACUAAUGAUCUGUAACAUAACAAAGCUUGUGUGACAUUAAACAACACAUACAAGGAGAGACAUCCUUUGACUAACAGAUCAUGAAAAAGGGAAAGCAAAAGGGUUGUUGUGCUAGCCUUAGUAGUAUUAGUAGUAGUAAUAGUACUAGUAGUGAUGGUGGUGGUGGUAUAGAAGGUAGGUCUGCUAAUCUUUGUUUUCAGUACUCAGUAGUAGUCUUGUUUGUUCAUAAUUGUACUGAUGGGAAACUUGUUAAGACAUCUUAUGAAUAAAUUGACCCUCAAAGUUUUUCCCCCCUUCA